CGGACGCCUCCCACAAAGAGACGCGAAUGAGACUAUUUAUUUGACCCGUAACAGGCGCAUACGGAUGUGUUGUGCAUUAGGAAGGUUCGCGCAGCGUUUGUGUUCAGACUCACUCCCGGUGGAUACAAUAAUGCUUCACCAACACAAGCCGAGUCUGACGAAAUGGACCGCGAACAGACACAUUUGAAACUUUUUUCAUUUUCCUCUUGUUCGAUCGGGACCAUCCCAGCCUCCCUCUCUGUUCUCUCUCUCUUUCUCUGUACAGAACACUUGGAGGACGACCUCUCCAACAAGCUUUGGAGUUAUUUUUACGCAUUAACCAGUGCAACUUUGUAGAGCGCACGGAGAUCUCGCAUGCACACCAACCGCAAUGUUUUUACGCGACUUUAACAAUCAUUCUCCUCCAACAGUAAUCCCGAGCUUUCUCCUAGUUCUUUAGCUCUGUAUGGGAAAGACAUGAGCUCUGGAUAUGGGUCUGUGUCUGGGCUCAGAGGUGACGGAGGAAGACAAGAAGUCGAAGAUCCUCAGCGCACAGAUAGACCGAGAUCUGUACGAAUACGCCAAGAGAGAGUUGAACGUGGUGAAGAUACUCAUGCUGGGUGCUGCAGAAAGUGGGAAGAGUACGCUGGUCAAACAGAUGAAGAUUAUUCACAGUCACGGUUUCACCAAGCAGGAGCUGGGCAGCUUUAAGCCUGCAGUGUUGGAUAACCUCAUGACCUCUAUGAAGUUUGUCCUGCAUGGAAUGGGCAUCCUUAGAAUCAACCUUUCCAACAGCAAGAACCAGGUCCACGCUCACUCUGUCCUCUCAUGUGGCCGUUGCUUUGAUGAAGACCAGGUGCUGUUUCCGUUCAUAGGCCAUGCCCUCUGCUGUUUGUGGGCAGAUCAGGGGGUGCGGUCUGCAGCAGCACGGGGAUACGAAUACGAACUUAAUGACUCGGCACUAUAUUUUUUUGAGAAUAUAGGUCGAAUCAUCGCCCCUGACUAUAUGCCAACAGAGAUGGAUGUUUUGAGAGUUCGAUUAAGGACCACAGGUGUGAUCGAAACUCAGUUCAAAGUGAAACACCUAGUCUUCAGAAUGUAUGAUGUUGGGGGCCAGAGGACAGAGAGGAGGAAGUGGAUCAGUUGUUUUGAAGACGUAAGGGCCGUGCUGUUCGUGGUGUCUCUGAGUGGGUACGACAUGACGUUAGUGGAAGAUCCGUCCAUGAAUCGACUGCAGGAGAGCCUCAAGCUGUUCUCGUCAAUCUGCAAUAACAUCUUCUUCAGAAGUACCUCUAUGAUCUUAUUCAUGAACAAGAUUGAUCUUUUCCAAGAGAAGAUUCUCCACUCCGGGAGGCAUUUGCGGCACUACCUUCCCCAGUUCAGAGGAGCAGACUGCGAUGUGGAUGCGGCCGCCCGGUUCAUCGCCGCCAUGUUCGUGUCCCUUAACGCCACGCCCAAAAAGCUUAUAUACCACCACUUCACCACAGCAACCGACACCUCCAACGUACAGGUUGUUUUCCAGGUCGUCAUGGACACCAUCAUCAAGGAGAACCUGGAGGCUGUUUCUUUGCUUUGAGUUUCAAACUGUUCCACCGAGUUCCGAUUGGAACGGUUCCGCCAACAGAACCCAAAAACCAAGACUGAUGGACAAUACAGCUGUCAUCUAAAUGACUGAUUCAUAAUAUUGACAUAUGAUGCCCUGAACAGAAUCUGUAUUAUUGAAGUGAAUCGAUUCCUCACUUUUUUUAUUUUUAUUUUGCAUAAAGCAAUAACAACAAACACCCCUGAAUUCUGCCAGAUGCUACAUAAGCAAAUUAACGGUGACAAAGCAUGUAAUAAUUAUCUUUAAUGUUCAAUAAUUAACCUUCAUAAAUCACACAAUACACUGUUCUACAUGUGUAACACUUAUUGAAAUGCAGCAACAACAACAUAUGAAAGAGUUUACUUUCUCCUGGAUUCUCAGUGAUUGUGCUGUCGGUAUGGGUGGUCGACUUGCUCAGCCAUGCAUCCCAUAAUAUUCCAGCUGACAAAUAGCAUCUCCCUCUUCCUGUGUGUGUACAUUACCAUAGUUAAUCAUCACAUUAAAAUGUGUAAAUCUACAGUUGAACACUCUUAAAGGGAUAGUUCACCCAAAAAUUCAAAUUCUAUCGUCUAGUCACCCUCACGUUUCUUCUGUGGAACACAACGAUGUUAGGAAAAAGGUGAAAGUGAAUGGUGACCGAGACGGUCUUCAGUGGAGGAAGGAAAGUCAAAUGGGUUUGGCACAACGUAAGUGAGUAAAUCAUAACAGAAUUUUCAUUUUUGGGUUAAAGACUAUCCCUUUAAGUCUUUUCAGUUCGGAAAGGGUCCGUUAUAAUUUAUUUUGCAUUAAUAAUCAUGAUAUUUGCACACAGUGUUUGGGUUCAUUGCUGUUUUACAUUUUUGUGAUCCAAUGCAUUGUGCACUUUUGAAGUUGUUAAAGAGCAUGAAGUCUCUAUGAAUGAAUAUUUUAUUUGUCCAUUGUCUCUGACACACAUUGAUGGACUUUUCAUUUGUGGCUGUUUGAUCUGAAAUGUUUUUGUAGUACCGAAGUGAGCCAAACACAUUUACACACAUCUGUAUAAACCAUAAUCCUACUUGUAGCAAGAGUUAACGCAAUUCCAUAUAAAAAAAAAAUAAUAAUAAUUUUUGUACACUGAAUUAUUUUCCUUGUUUUGCUUCAAACAUCAUUCCUGUUUCAUUUAUAUAUGGGAAUUUUAUUGAUCAUUUGUAUUUAUCUAUUUAAAUGCCACUUUUCUCUUUGAAGGCAUUACAGAUUUGAGUUGCGCUCUGUAAAUGCGAAGAAAACCAUUGUGAAUGGGAAUUACACGUUAACAUUGUUUUUGAAAUGGUUUGUAAUUGUGCAAACAGAUUCACAUUUAUAAAUGAACAAUCAAAUAUUUCUCAAUACACAGCACAAAAGUGAACAGUAUAUUUGUCAAGUUUAAUA